CACGUGACGGGGCAGAGCGUGGUCGUGCAGGCUAACCGCGGCCUCGAGUACAAAGCCGAUCUCGCCGUCGACGACCUCACCUUCGUCGACUGUGCUCCCCCAAUGCCUCCGCCCACAGGAACGACUUGCGAAGCCAACGGGAUGUUCACUUGCGAUUCGGGAACCUGCGUAUCUCGCGACAAACUCUGCGACUUCUCCGACGACUGCCUCGACUCCUCCGACGAAUCCUACGGCAUGUGCUCCGCGUACAAGUUCCGCUGCGACUUCGAGGCGGGGCUGUGCAACGCGUGGGCGGAGGAGGCGACAGACGACGCGGACUGGGUGCUGUUCCGCGGGUCGUCCGACGCCUUGGAGAUGCUACCCGGCUACGACCACACGACCCUCUCCUCGGGCGGUCACUUCCUAGUCUUGAAUAUACCUGUCGAGCCAGUGACCCAGGUAGUAGGUCGUCUUCACUCACCUGUGGUUCGCGCGGGGGUCGAGGAAUGCACCCUCAGAUUCUGGUAUCAAGCCCUUGGAGAUAAGCCAGGUGUUAUCAAUGUCUACAGACGCACGAGUUACUAUUCUGAUGGCAUGCACCUUAUAGCAUCACUGAAUAAUACAGCAAAGGGCCUUUGGGUGAAAUUCACCAUUCCAGUCGGCGAUAGCACUCAUAGUGGGGAUUUCCAAGUCGUCUUAGAAGGCGUAGCAGACCCGGAUGUACGAGGCACUCUUUCGCUAGACGACUUCGCAAUGUCGCCAGUAUGUGAACUCUCGCCCAACCAACACCUACCUGGCGAAGAUGACCUGACCACACCUUCCCCUGUCUGCCUGCCGCCUCAACUAGCUUGUGGUAACGGACUCUGUUACUACCCAGAAGACACUUGCAACUUCAUCGAUGACUGCGGAGAUGGAACGGAUGAGCUUCAGUGCACUAGGAGUUGUGACUUCGAGACGGAGGGCGACCUGUGCGGCUGGUUCGUGAGCGUGGCGAGUUCCAUCCCCUGGCAGCGUGGGGGGUUCCCAGCCCCCCUACCCGGACCCCCUGUUGACCACGCCCUCAAUGCUUAUGCGCAUGACCUUUUCACGGCCAAGGAAAAGAGCACUGGAGGACAGGUCGCCAUCUUGGAGUCCCACACGUUUUCCCAAGUGGGGGAGGAAUGCACCCUUGUGUUCUGGCACUAUAUGUUGUCCACGGGUGCCGAGGCCUCGAGUCUGGCUGUUUACAAGAAAUCGAAGGAGACUGUGUCCAACGGCCACGACGCGGACAUGCUAUGGUUCGAAAUGUCCAGCUCCGGCAAGUGGUCUAAGGAAUACCUGGCCAUCGGGCGCUUCGGGAGCAGGAAGGACUUCACCGUGUAUUUCAAGGCCGUGCACGGUGACGACGAGACCCACAUAGCCAUCGACGACGUGAGCCUGGAGCUGUGCACCCCCGGGAAGUCGUGCCACUCAGCCACCGAAUUCACGUGCGCUGACGGCUCGUGCAUCCCCCGCCAGUUCGCGUGCGAUGCCAAGUACGACUGCGACGACAAGAGCGAUGAGUUCAACUGCACUGCGGUUGACGGAGACUGCAAUUUCGAUGGGAACUGGAUGCUGACCUGUGCCUAUUUACAAAAAAUAGACGACGACCUGCAGUGGACUCAAGCCAAAAGCUCCAACGACCCCUCAAACGGCCCCCUCCACGACCACACUCUUGGCUCCGAAGGUCAGUACGUUUACCUGUCCAGCGACCAAGGAUCUCCGGGACAGGUCGCAGGGAUCACCCCCCACCCGACCUAUCCUGCGUCGCGGGACCUGUGUUUCGUCAGGUUCUGGUUUUACAUGCACACCGACAAUGCUAAUGAUGAAACGACGCUGGACACAGGGGCACUGAGGCUCAUUGUGGAAGAAAAAUCCGGAAGGCGUUGGGUGGCGGCGUCGCGGAGCAGCAAUUACGAGGCCAGCUGGCAGGAGGUGGCCGCCCUGGUCUCCUCCGACAGCCCCUUCCGCCUCGUGUUCCAGGCCGAGUUGGGGAACAGGAACCAGAGCUACAUCGCGCUGGACGACGUCUCGCUGACUCCUGAGUGUGUGACAGGUGUCGGCCCUUCUCUGAACAGCACGUGUGCGGUUGAUGAGCGACUUUGCAACUCUGGGCAGUGUGUACCUGAAGCAUUUUUCUGUGACUGUUUUAUUGACUGCUUGGAUGGCUCGGAUGAAUCCGACUGCGAAGUGACAUGCCCGACCGUGGCUACGCGCCCCACCACGAGCCCGAAACCCACCACGACGGCCGCCACCACCGCCUCCACGCCCGCCACCUCAACCUGCUCGCACCUGCAGUUCCCCUGUGGAGGCGCAGAAGACGCCUGUGUGCCCUCGCUCCUCCUCUGCGACGGGGUGACGGAUUGCCCCAACGCUGCUGACGAGACGAACUGCCCAGUGUCUAAGACCCCGUGUGACCCUGGCUUCGUCUUCUGCGCCGACCAGUUCAUGUCGGACCGCCCUUGCAUGCGCCUGACCGAACUGUGCGAUGGCAGUUACUUCUGCGACUCGUACCACGCCGACGAGUCCCUGUGUGGAGAGUGUCCGAGCUACUUUUGCCUGCAUGGUGUCUGCCGCUUGCAUGAGUCCGGGGCGCCGUUCUGUUCCUGCACCGACGGCUACACGGGCAACAGAUGCGAGAUCCUGCCCAGCCCGGGCGGGUCGGGCGGGCUGAGCGCCGGAGCCAUCGCCGCCAUCGCGUUGGGCUGCCUCGUCGGGGGCCUCGUCAUCGCCGCCCUCGUCGCCUACAGCUGGAGGAGAACGCGAGGCAGAGUUACCUACACCGAGAUGGAAAACGAGGAUUCGAACUGGCCCGAUGACGCGUUCGUGUUGGACGACAUGGAUGCGCCGAUGUAUCCAGUCACAUCCGUCGUCAACCAGAAAGCACGAACGCGAACGGAGUCGGAUCAGGAGGAGACAGAUGCGUGAGGGUGAUGGCCAGAGCUGGAGGACAGAUCUUUUCUUUUAUGUCAUGUCGAGUCUUUUACAGAACUUACUCUUUGGUAUCAUGAGAAAUAUGAUGUAACAGUUGAACUUCAUCUGAUCAGGAGUUUUGACGACAAUUUAUUUCAAAGUACCGCGGCUUCAUAAAAAAAUUCAGUAGUUUACUA